AUGAUGAACGCUGACAUGGAUGAUCUCUCAGUAAGAGUAGAUGCAGUUAAGGAAGAAAACCUGAAACUAAAAUCAGAAAACCAAAUUUUUGGACAAUAUAUAGAAAAUCUUAUGUCUGCUUCUACUGUUUUCCAAACAACUGACAUAAAAAGCAAAAGAAAGUAAGGGAUUGAGUUCCCUUCUCAUUUACGGAAUAGCUGCUUCUCUCUCCCUCUCCCUCUCUCUCCCUUUCU